AUGUGUGCUAGCUGGUAGCUGACGGCAGAUAAAACAUUUAAUCACAAAACUCACUUGGGGCCGUGCCUUAUAACCUGCUGCGUAUAACUGACCGUGUCAACAUCAGCUUAAUUUCAACAGUCCACGAUAGUAUGUUUAAUUCAUGUGAAGAGAUAUAGCCUCACAGUCACUGCCCAUGCUGACUCGCUACUCUGAAAACUGAGAUCUCUGCAUCACUCUAAUUUUGAGUAGCAGUUCGCAGUGGAUGAUGGAAGUGGCUGGGACUUCACAAGCAAGGACUCGGCCAACUGCAGAUCCUGCAAAAGGUGUCGUCAGUCCAGAAGUCAAAACUCAUUUUCGUGUUUGCCGCUUCAUCAUUGAAACAGGUGUGAAGUUGGGCAUGAAGUCCUUGCCAGUGGCCACGGCGUGUGCUCUGUACCACAGGUUUUUCCGAACCGCCAGUCUUGACGUGUAUGAGCCCUACCUGGUCGCCAUGUCCGCUAUUUACCUGGCUGGCAAAGUCGAGGAGCAACAUCUAAGAACUCGAGACAUCAUCAAUGUCUGUCACAGGUUCUUCCACCCGGGUUCCGAGCCCAUGGAGCUGGAUAACAAGUUCUGGGAGCUGAGGGACAGUGUGGUCCAGUGUGAGCUCCUCAUACUCAGACAGCUCAACUUCCAAGUGGCAAACGAGCACCCUCAUAAAUAUUUGCUUCACUACCUGGUCUCUGUGAGGAAUCUGGUAAAUCGUCACGCGUGGGCGCGCACCCCAAUAGCUGAGACGGCCUGGGCCCUGCUGAAGGACAGCUAUCAUGGCGUAGUGUGUGUGAAGCACGCACCUCAACACCUGGCCCUGGCGGUGCUCUACCUGGCCAUCCAGAGCUACGGAGUGGAGUUCCCCACCGGAGAACUGGAGUGGUGGCAGGCCUUGUGUGAUGACAUCAGCCGUGGGGAGAUUGACGAGAUCAUGUCAGACCUGCUGCAUCUGUACGACAUGGAGGCCAAGUGCAUGUGAAGCGCCAAGACACAAGGCAUGCUGGGACCAGGAGCGGAGCUAUAAGAGGGACAAGCAGGCCAUUUGCUCCUGGGACCAGGGCCCUCCUGCAUUGGUGGUGGGGGCCCUGUUAUGACCCUGUUAGGCCGUAUGAGGGGAGGCCCUAAUAGUAUUUUCCCCUGGGGCCCUAUGAGCACUUGUGCCUCCACUGGCUGGGAUCACUAGCCAAGUACUGUUAACUGGACAACGGAUGGUGGGGUGGGGGCACACAUCACACACAGAACAUUACCUCCAUCUCUGACACCUUCAGUGUUCAAUUCUGUUACCCCCCAGGUGGAGCUUUGAUUUGCUUCCAACGACUACAUUUCAGCAAGAGCGGACGUGAAAGUGAUAUGGCUAUUAUCACAAACAGGUCACCUAUCCACUCUGCUGAAAUUCUGGGACAUUUCCUUGUGCAAGCGUGCGUGUGUGUGUGUGAGUAUGAGCAAGCAAGAGAGAGAGAGAGUGGCUGUCUGCUUCAGUGAGGCGUGCAUGGGGCACCCUUAUUUGCUACCCAUUUUACUACUGCUUCUGGAACACACACACACACACACACACAAAUACUUGCUUGCUUUCUCACCCUCUCUCUCUCUCUCUCUCUCUCUCUCUCUCUCUCUCUCUCUCUCUCUCUCUCUCUCUCUCUCUCUCUCUCUCUCUCUCUCUCUCUCUCUCUCUCUGUCUCACAGACACAUACACACACACACACAGCUCCAGUGCCCCACUUUCCCCCUUUUUUCUUGGCCCAUUAACUCUGUGCGAUCCACGUGAAGUGAAGCUGGGUGUUUGUGAAUGUGAGUGAGUAACAUUAUUUUAUGGUUC